AACCCCUUUUUCUCAAGGAUUUUGUUUGUUUGUAAACCGCCGACCCAACAGGGCGAGUGAGGUUCUCCCCCGACUCGUGCUCUGGCUCUGCCUCUGGCCGGCUGGUUCUCGUGCGCAUGCGCGCCUUGUAUGGGAGGAAGGCCCCCUCAGGCGGCGCAGUGGGCAGCCCCCGAGCUGGGCCCUGCAGUGGCGGUGGCAGCAGCCGCAGCAAUAGCGAAGCGGGGAGCGGCGGCGGCGGCCCUUCGUCUGCGGGGCGCCUCGCUUGCUGGGGCAGCCCUCCCUCUCUCCGCGCGGGCCCGGCUGGAGCUGCUAAGGAUUGCCUCCUAGGAUCCCUCUAAGUCCACAUCGCCAAAGAUGGCAAACUCGGCUGGUGUUACUGGCGUGCGUCUGAGCAGGGGCCAGCUGCCUGGUUGGUUGGGAACGCGACAGAUGUGUGAUAAAUCCGCAAAACGCUGAGCCUGCCAGAAAGCAGCUCUGCCUAAUAGGAACCAGAUGCGUCGCAAGUUUAUCCACGAGACGUGUGUGGCUGACUUAUCAGGCCGAGCCUCUUCCUGCAACGCGCACUCAAACUUUGAAAGAGUACGGACCCGCCUCGGAUAUGAGUGACUCUACCACAGCCGGGCCAUCAGGGGAAGCGUCGGAGGAGGCGUCGGUGGCAGGGCCGCCGCCCCAAGGAAAUGGCGGGGGGACGACGGCCCUCGGGGUCAUCACGGAGGGCGUCGGCGAGCUGCCGGUCAUCGACCCGGAGGUGGCCCAGAAGGCCUGCGAGGAGGUCCUGGAGAAGGUCAAGCUGAUGCACUGCAUCGCGGGGGACGGCUCCAUCCGGCUGGCGGACAGCGGGGCGGCCUGCGCCCGCCGGCCCGGCCUGGCCCUGCCCAACGGCAGCCUGGGCGGGGAGUACUGCGAGAUCAAGUGCCUGGACGACCCGCCCGACAAGAUCCAGGAGGAGGAGGAGGAGCGGGCGCCCCACUCGGUGAAGAGUGCCCGGCGGCGCCAGAAGAACAACUCGGCCAAGCAGUCGUGGCUGCUUCGGCUCUUUGAGUCGAAGCUCUUCGACAUCUCCAUGGCCAUCUCCUACCUGUACAACUCCAAGGAGCCCGGGGUGCAGGCCUACAUCGGCAACCGGCUCUUCUGCUUCCGCAACGAGGAGGUGGACUUCUACCUGCCCCAGCUGCUGAACAUGUACAUCCACAUGGAUGAGGACGUGGGGGACGCCAUCAAGCCCUACAUCGUCCACCGCUGCCGGCAGAGCAUCAACUUCUCCCUCCAGUGCGCCCUGCUGCUGGGGGCCUACUCCUCGGACAUGCACAUCUCCACCCAGCGCCACUCACGGGGGACCAAGCUCCGCAAGCUCAUCCUCUCGGACGAGCUCAAGCCCGCCCACCGCAGCAAGAAGGAGCUGCCCUCUCUCGGCCCCGCCCCCGACACGGGGCUCUCCCCCUCCAAGCGGACUCACCAGAGGUCCAAGUCAGACGCCACGGUCAGCAUCAGCCUCAGCAGCAACCUCAAGCGGACGGCCAGCAACCCCAAAGUGGAGAACGACGAAGAGCCUGUCCGCCUCGCCCCAGAGAGAGAAUUCAUCAAGUCGCUCAUGGCCAUCGGGAAGCGCCUGACGACGCUGCCGACCAAGGAGCAGAAGACGCAGCGGCUCAUCUCGGAGCUCUCCCUGCUCAACCAUAAACUGCCAGCCCGUGUCUGGCUCCCCACCGCCGGCUUUGACCACCACGUGGUGCGGGUCCCGCACACCCAGGCUGUCGUGCUGAACUCCAAGGACAAGGCGCCUUAUCUAAUCUAUGUAGAAGUACUUGAAUGUGAAAACUUCGACACCACUAACGUUCCGGCCCGGAUCCCGGAGAACCGCAUCCGCAGCACACGGUCCGUGGAGAACCUUCCGGAAUGUGGGAUCACGCACGAGCAGAGGGCCAGCAGCUUCACCACUGUCCCCAACUACGACAACGACGACGAGGCUUGGUCUGUGGAUGACAUCGGGGAGCUGCAAGUGGAGCUUCCAGAGAUGCACACCAACAGCUGCGACAACAUCUCCCAGUUCUCAGUGGACAGCAUCACUAGUCAAGAGAGCAAAGAGCCGGUCUUUAUCGCUGCUGGAGAUAUCAGGCGGCGCCUCUCGGAGCAACUGGCCCACACUCCGACGUCGUUCAAGAGGGACCCCGAGGACCCAUCUGCUGUCGCCCUGAAGGAGCCGUGGCAGGAGAAAGUCAGACGGAUCCGGGAGGGCUCCCCGUACGGCCACCUCCCAAACUGGCGCCUCCUUUCUGUGAUUGUGAAGUGCGGAGACGAUCUCCGGCAAGAACUUCUCGCGUUCCAGGUUCUCAAACAGCUGCAGUCCAUCUGGGAGCAGGAGCGCGUCCCCCUGUGGAUCAAGCCAUACAAAAUCCUCGUCAUCUCGGCCGACAGUGGCAUGAUUGAGCCGGUGGUCAACGCCGUCUCCAUCCACCAGGUCAAGAAGCAAUCCCAGCUCUCCCUGUUGGACUAUUUCCUGCAGGAGCAUGGGAACUACACGACAGAGGCCUUCCUGUCUGCCCAGCGGAACUUCGUGCAGAGCUGUGCUGGCUACUGCCUGGUCUGCUACCUGCUGCAGGUUAAGGACAGGCACAAUGGCAAUAUCUUGCUGGAUGCAGAGGGACACAUCAUCCACAUAGACUUCGGCUUCAUCCUUUCCAGCUCCCCCCGGAACCUCGGUUUCGAGACGUCUGCCUUCAAGCUCACCACAGAGUUUGUUGAUGUGAUGGGAGGCCUGAACGGCGACAUGUUCAACUACUACAAGAUGCUCAUGUUGCAGGGCCUCAUCGCGGCUCGGAAGCACAUGGAGAAAGUCGUGCAGAUUGUGGAGAUCAUGCAGCAAGUUUGUCCCGCAGGUUGCCAGCGAUGCGUGGGCGAAAUGCAGCAGGGUCAGGUUCCUACGGUAGUUCAGGUCAUCUGCUCCCAGCUGCCCUGCUUCCACGGCUCCAGCACCAUCCGCAACCUCAAGGAGCGUUUCCACAUGAACAUGACGGAGGAGCAGCUGCAGCUCCUGAUCGAGCAGAUGGUGGACGGCAGCAUGCGCUCCAUCACCACCAAACUCUACGACGGCUUCCAGUACCUCACCAACGGCAUCAUGUGACCGAGCGGCGGCGGCCCCGCCCGGCGCCCUCCCCACUUCCCCAGCCAGAGUCCGGGGAGCCUUCCCAGGAGGAGGGACAGGGGGCCGUCCUCCCUCCUCCUCCUCCUCCUCCUCCUCCCCCUCCCUCCUCCUCCUCCUCCUCCUCCUCCUCCUCCUCCUCCCUCCUCCUCCUGCUGCUGCUGCAGUGGCCCAGGAGCCCCGGAUCGUGGCCCUCUUGAACUGGGCGCUGCGUUGACGACGUUUCUCUUAGACACUGGUGGGAGGCACGGAAGCCGCGAGCCCCCUCGCCCAUCGAAACGUCUCUAUAUAUCCCCCCCCCGCCCGCCCCACCAUGUGAAAUGCAAACGGAUCAUGAUCUUUAAAACUGUCGAGACUUUCUAGAGCAGGGACAGAGCCUCGGAUCUCUGCACGUCAGGAGAAGCAGCAGCCAGCCAUGUUGUGCGUCUGUCCCUCGUCCUCCUUCCUCCCCAGAUUCUUUUUGUUUCAGUAUUAUACCUCCUGUGACGCCAUCCGAUUCCCCCCCCCCCCCGCCGCCCCCAGUGGUAUCACAAAUGUUUGGGUUAGGGCAGGCAGGGAGAGAGAGAAGAGGUUUUACCCUUGCAGUGGGGCUGGGAAAUCUGGCUCUUCCGCGCCUGCUCCCUCCUUGAAUGCCACUGAGGUGAAUGUCUUUCCUCUGCCUCUCCAGCCUGCGAUCUUCUGGGUCGUGGGCCUUUCUCUCGAUGCUCCAAACCCCCUUUCUCCCCCGUAGCCCACCUUCUUUUCUGCACACUUAAUACAAGGUGUCGUUUCGGAGCUGCACAACCCUUGGGCUUGCAUUUCUAAGAGCGCCGCCGUUUAUGGACACAGCACCUUUAAAAUGACAACCAAAAACUGGCACUCCAUAUGAUUUUCUGUCGAAGCUCAGGCUUCUGACUUGCACCUCCCUUGAUUUUUUUAAAAAAUUCGGACACCGUUCACGAUUUGGUGAAGCCUUGUCAUGAUACUUUAGACUUGCUUAACUGCAUCCUCAGUCUGAUCUGCAGAGACCCCCCAGCCCAGCUGGAGGCUUGUUUUUAAGAACAGCAACCAAUUAUAAAGGCUAAGUGGUGGGUGUCACCUCAUUAGCACUGGGGCACUAAACGUUUCCCCCCACUUUCUAGUGAAUUUUGGACAUCAUGUUCUACUUGUGCAAUUGAGCGACCCAGCUCUUGUCUUCUCUCUCUCACCACCACAUCCUGACCCCAUCUGUCCUCUCCUUUGUAACCAUCGCCCCAGUUUACAGCUUCCAGCAGAGUGAAGCACCAAGGUUGGACCCAUGUCCCCACCGUCACUGCCAGGACACCUGGCAGCCACGUCUUCUAACUAGUUGGGGGCCCCCUCCAGCCCUCUGGGCGUUAGUGCCUUCUCCAUUUUCGCUGGCGAUAGUGAACGUGUUGCGGUCCGCCCUCCUUAAAAAGCCACUACCGUUGAGUGCGAAAAGGUAUUCUGUACAGUAUCGGGGAGCAGCUCCUGAAAACAUGAAUGUCUUUUGCAAUAUGGAUUGUGGAAUUAAUUCCACCAAUAUAUGUGUGUGGGGGGGGGUAGGGUUAUUGUCUCUUAAUUCUCCCCCACCCCCAAGAACUUUUCUGGUUGGUACUUGACCCACGGAGAACGUGCUCUCUUCCUGUAUUCUCUGGGUGAAAAAGUCAUGUUUCCAUGUAUUCAAAUAAGAAAUCCCCAUCUCCUGGUUUGGGGGGGGGGCAGAAUAAUGCCAUGUGGUCGGGGGAUGCAUGUAUGUGUGUGUGUCCCCCCCCGUACAAUUGUCUCAGUUUCUCCUCCCCAGAUCUUUUUCUCUGUGUGUGUGUUUUCUCUCUCCCCUGCCCCCCGGCUUUGUACCAGAUUCGUUUGUGUGGCACUUACAAUUCACCACCGUGCUGAAUUCUACUGUGUGUAAAAUGAGGCAUUAGGGAGAGGGAUCCAAACCACGUGGGAACCACUGUACGGACAGAUGUGAGCGCAGGCAGAGCGGUGGGAGGGGAUGGGGGGGUUUGCCUGUAGCAGCUGUGAAAACUGAUCUCUGCUACAGUCAACUCGAGGCUUCUGGCUGUCCGGAGGGUUUACUCUUGAGGGUCUGUGUGAGCCACUCUGUGGGGAUCUUCCACAAGUGGAUUGCUGGGAUUAUUGGGGCAGAGGCGAUGCAGUACAUUCCUUCUCUCUCUCUCGCUUUCUUUCUUUCUUUCUUUUUUUAAAAACCACCUCUGUUACUGAGCCCUUUAACAAAUGUGAUACGGAGGAGAAAACUGAAGAUCAGAUGCAGGUGUCCAAAUUUAGCUCUGCUGCUGGGACCUAAUGAAUUCUAACCAGCAAUCUGGAAACAUCUGGGGUGGGGGACGGAAUGUCUCCUGCAUUCCCCACUAGGCCCGCAAGAGGGUGGUGGACUCUUUGUUUUCUCCCCGCUGAAGCGUGCGCGAGAGAGAUCUUGUCAUGCCUGCAGCAAGCCCCUUGUUGAGUUAGAACAAUCUCGGUGGCUGCCAUCACGCCCCGCAGGGUGUGCGUAUGCAAAGGAGCCCCAACCGAUGCCCGGGAGGCCGUCAUCCAAGCUGGUCUCGCCGCUUUUGUCUGUCGUGUCGGUUUUAUUAAUCCCUCUUCAGUUCCCCCUUCGCAGGAUACCCUUUGGGAGCUAUGCAGCCACGUUCCGGCUCAGCCGUACUCUUGGGGAAAGGGCGCUCUGGGCAAAGAAGGAAGCUCUGGGUUUGUGUAGAAAGGAAGGGAGAGAAGCAUCCCUUGAUCUCUGCGUCGUCGCCAUUUCUAGCAGAGAUCUGUCACUCAGCUCAGCACCAGCCAUUUCUCUUGCAUGGUUAAGUGGGCACCUGCGUCGCCGUCCUUCUUGGCGCUGGCAGCCGCCUUCUGCAGAGCUCCGCUUCCGAUCCCUGUGCUGCCCUCUGUCCACUGGCUCACCUGGUGGCAGUGCAGGGUAUCUUCUUGCGGGGAAGAAACUCGCAGACUCUGCUGGAAGGUGGGCAGAUGGGUGGCAGGGGGCGCAUCCUCUGUAGAUGCCUGUAGCAGUUGUCAAUACAGUCGCUGCUGUCGUCACUUGGAGGCUUCUGGCCAGCUGGAGCCUGAUUCAUGAACUCUUGUGUGGAAGCAGUUCAGUGGCAAUCCCACGUUUUUGGCUGCCUGGGUCUAUCCGAGCAAGGCUCUUUCCCCUGGUAACAACUGAGAGGAGAAGAGAGGGAAAACAUUGACAAGCUGAUGUGCCUGCAUAUGAGAUGAGCAGGGGGAUCAGAGUGGAGUGAUAGAAAGGGGUGCCACUUUUUCCGCUUUUGAAGACCAAAAUGGUCUUCGAAGCCUUCAGGAGAGGGAUGGACCCUAAGGAAGAUAAGAGAGAGAAAUAGCCACCAGACCGAAGUUUGUCACCUUUGUUAAAGUCGUUCUCCAUUUUCCAGAGCAUUGCUGAUGGCUCCCAAACGGUUCUGUGCAUGAUCCCUCCCUUGUCUGUCUGUGUGUGGGGUGGGAUGUCUUCUGUGUGGUGUUUUUUUGUUGUUGUUUUAUUCCCCUUUCUUUCCCUAUUCGGUAAGGAUGGGCCAAACUCCGAAAUAAAAAUCUAUGAAAACGAACUUAAAAUUUCUAAUAAAAAUGUCCUCCUUUUUAUAUAUAAAAGGGGAAAAAGCUAAUGCAGCCUUUUUCCAUUGCAGAGA